UGGCGCAAACAAUAGCGCCACUUGGCGUUCACGAUGCAUGCGGCAAUGCCGACUCUGUCCCGCCUCCACGCCACUCCUUCGCUUUUUCUUUCCCCAACGAUGGUGGCGAAUCCGAAAUCAGCACCACUUUGCUCACCUUCGUUCCUUGUGUGCGAUUCCCACUACAACUCCGCCAGUUGUUUCUAGUUGCACGGUCAGUGCAAGCGUUUCGGCGACUGUGGAAGACGAUUUUGAGGUUGAAGCUUGCUGUUACAUUCCAUGGUGUCGGGUCCUCCCCGUUCUGCUUUUCGACUCCGAAAUUAGGUGGGGUGCCAUUGAAGCAGUUUUUUGAAAGAACCAACCCGAAAUUCGGUACGCACAUUGAAGACUUAGCCAUGGGAGACGUUUCGCCGUUUCAGGGCGUCCACCUGCAUCACAUCGCUCGUGAAACCUCUGACGUAAAUCGUCUGGUGGAUUUUUACCAGCAGGUGUUCGGAUUUAAAAAACUGGAAACGCCUCAAUCAUUUGGAGACUUCAACGUCACAUGGCUGCAUUUGCCGCCAAUCUAUUCACUCCAUGUGGUGGAGAGAGAUCCCAAGUCGCGGUUGCCAGAGAGCCCUUUUGUGGUACCCAGUGACGCCAACGCUGAUGUUUCUGCUUUAUGGCGGGGACCUCACUUGUCUUUCCGAGUAUCUGAUUACGAUGCUGCCAUCAAUACCCUGAAGGCAAAAGAUAUUAAAUACUUUGAGAAGACUCAGCAAGGAGGCAAAGUUAAGCAAUGUUUCUUCUUUGAUCCUGAUGGGAAUGGUUUGGAGAUUGGUAACUGGCCGACACCCGCAUAAACUACGCUUGAGAACCAUUCAAGACGGUUGGCAGAAUUUUUGCCGGUAGAUGUGAUCAAAGCCUUGGCUCAUGCUUGAAGAGAAGCUGCGUUAAAGAUUAGAUGAGCUAGUAUUUCCAUAAUGAGGAUAAGAGGCUCAUGUCUCAAUAUUCCACAUUUUGAGAUAAAUUAAGGGUUUUGAAUUUCUAUGUAAUUAUAUUUGUUUACAAAGGUGGUGAUUAAAAUACGCAUGGAAA